UUCUCUCAUCUCAAUGAAUCAGACCAAAACAGUUAUAAUCACAUUCACCAUCACACGCCAUAUAGAUCCCCAAUUUUCUCUCUCCUCUUCCAAAAAUGGCAACAACGGCAAUUCUCCGAUCUCAUGCUCUCAUUCAAGAUCAAUUCCCCCCUCGCUGUUUACGUAACGCGAAUCCUAACCCUAGAAUCAACCAAUCUCCUCGUUGUCGUCGUAGGAAAAGAAGCCCCUCCGACGGAAGUCGCCGAUCAGACCGUGCAUCACCGCCAUCAAAGGCGCCUGUGAUGGGGCAUGUGAAGAUCCUGAAGAGAGGCGAAGAAUUAAAGGCCAGAAUGUUGUUCGGCGGAAAAAAACUCGAUUUAGGGUUACAAUUGUGUUCGACGAAUCGAUUAGGUCCAGAUCCGGCUGUUGUUCAGAAACAAAUCAGGGUUCCAGAUCUAUAUGCUGGGCCAACAUCGAUGGUUUCGUCGCCUCAUCCUAGUUCGCUUCCGUUUCCGUCGACUUUAGUCCGGAGAAGCUUGGCGGAGAGUGAUUUGAGAAAGUUGCUCAGGAUGUAGAAAAUUGACUGAUUGAAAUCGGUUUCAGAAUGACAGAUAGUUUCGGUAGAGAGCGAUAUGAGGAAGUUGCUGUUGGAUUUGAUGCCGACAAAUAAAGACGAGUCGGAAAGAAUUUGGUUUGAGAAAGUUUCCGAUCUGAUCGCCAAUUUUAGUUGAUUGUCAUCGGCUUAUCGCUAUGCUUUCCUUGAUAUUUUUUACCAGAAGGAAAGUGUAUAUUAGGUACUUUGGUGUUUUAGUAGCAGUAGUAUGAUACAGUCUGUUGUAAUAUACAAGUAGUGUUCCGUGGUGGUAAGAGUAAUGGAGUAAUAUUAGGUGAUUCCUUGGUAGAAGAAGUUGGUGAUUAGUAGUUACUGGAUAGGAUUUGAUGAUUAACAGCUUAAUUGUACUAGUUUAGAAGAAAAUUCCGUAGUGUUUCUGUAUUUCGGUUACGAAAAAGAAAUAAAAGUUGUAUGGGUUGUUGUUA